AUGUUUUCUUAUUUCACGCGUGAGGGUAGCCAGACCAACGUUGCCUCGCUAUCCAAGUGGAGCAGCAGCGGCAGGCUGUUCCCCGAGAUCUUUGCCGAAAGGUUCUACCUUCCCGUUUUCCCUAUCAAAGGUUAUACUACGUACAUUGGGUAUGUGUCGGAAAAGCAGCUCGCAUCUACUAAGAAAACAGCCCCGCAUACCCUCAUUAAUAUUGCGGUCGGCGAAGAGCCUAGUGAAGACCUUUUCAAAGCAGAGGUUGUGGUCAUUGCUGCAGCCAUGAUCUCACGCCUCGAGGGCGAUGAGUGCAAGGCCUACAGCGUCAUCCCCAUAAUGCUAGUCACAGCAAUGGGUGGAAUGCGAGCACGUGUGAUCCAAGCGCACCUCAGCGGGCGAUCCCUUGUCCUGAGCAAAUCAAAGGUCUUUGAUUUUGGGACAAAGCAGAUGGCAACAGCCAACAUCGACACUCUACUAGGCCUGAUGGGCUCUGACCAAGUCGGAGAUCCAGCAGACAUCAACUACAUCCUGAAGGCCGAAGUACCACAAGUCGUGACCAAGGUUUCGGACCAUAAGAAAUUAAAAGUAUUCGCAAAAUCUUUGACCUUGCAUCCGAAUCUCCAACAGCUCCACGGGAAGCCAAAAAAAGCCUACAAAACGGGAUGA